CCAGAUCAUCACACCAAGCGGAGACACUCCCUCGUCACAUAAACUGGUCAAGCAACUGAAUCCAACCAUGAAGGCAGCAUUUGCGCUCUUCCUUGUCCUUGUGCUGAUUGUGGUAGCUCUACAAGCCCAUGCAAAGCCCAUGAAUCUGCAGGGGCGUCAGCUUGCCGAUGCGAGCAUGGGCCGCAAAGCUGUUGCUGGCAGUGGCGAUGCUACCGUUUCUUCUACUUCUGCCGCUACUAUUACUUCAAGAAAGACCGAUUCCACCAGCACUACUAGUACUUCUUCUACUCCUACCACUGCUACUACUACAGGCAACACCGACGCUCAAACCGGGCCCCAGCGGGAGAAGAACGACGAAUUCAACUACUACUCAAGCACUCCAGUCGACUCCAGAGGCUAUGGUCACCGUGUGAUCCCGUGCCCCUGCCCCUAA